AUGGCUUCCAAGGUGGUAAAGAAAAAGAUGCUUAUGUUAAAGGAGAAAAUGGAAAUAGUGUGUUUAUUAGAUAAAGAAAAGUUGUCAGUUCGUGAUAUUGCUAAAAAAUUUAAAAUCGGGAAAACACAAGCGGCAAAAAUAAUCAAAGAUAAAGAAAAGAUUCGAAAGAAAUGGCAGUCUGGAGUCAGUGUAAAAACGAAGAAAAACUUUUUGAGUAGUGAGGGUUCAAAGAUCGACAAAGCCUGUUUCGAAUGGUUUGUGAAAGCUAAAAAUCAAAAUAUUGCCGUAUCAGGGUCAUUCGUAAAGAAAAAAGCAAAAGAAAUUGCAGAAAGAUUAGAAGUGAGCACCUUUAAAGCGUCUGAUGGGUGGUUACAAAAGUGGCGUUUGAGAAAUAAUGUUGCAUUUAAGUGUAUCUCCGGAGAAGCAGCAGAUAUAAAUGAAAAGGGCAUUAAUGAAUUUAUGAAAAAAUUACCGACCUUCUUACUAGGCUAUCGACCAGAGGACAUUUUUAACGCAGAUGAUAGUGGGCUCUUUUUUCGUGCAUUACCAAAUAAAACUUUAGCUUUAAAGUCGGAAAAAUGCACAGGAGGAAAACUGUCCAAAGAACGAUUAACCGUUUUGUUCUGUGUAAAUAGUAUAGGUGAGAAAGAGGAGUUGCUAGUUAUUGGAAAGUCGGCACGUCCCCGAGCAUUAAAAAAUGUUGCUCCCAAGGAUUUACCGGCUAUCUGGAAAUCAAACAAAAAAGCAUGGAUGACACGAGACAUUAUGACGGAGUGGUUAAGUAAUUUCGAUAAAAACAUGGACAUAUUAGAGAGCUUGUACUUUAUAAAAUCUGCGUGGCAGAAGGUCACUCCAAAAACAAUUAGAAAUUGUUUUAAAAAAGCUGGAUUUCUGAUGGAUCAAGGAAGUUCAACUGACAGUAACUACGAUGUUGAAGAUAAUUUGCCACUUGUGAGACUAGCUGAUUUGUUUAAAUGUAGUAAAAGACUGGGAAUAGAUAAUGUAAAAACAGCAGAAGAAUAUUUAACUGUUGAUCAAAAUGUCGAUAUAGAAGAUAAUGACUUGGAAUUUUCGGUAGUCACAAAAAAUGUUGAAAAUGAGACAGAAGAGGAAGAGAAUGAAGAGGUAGAGGUGGAGGAGGACGAGGAAC